GGACAUACACAGAACAAACACAUCCACUCCCCUCUGUAGCAGGACAGAGUUCUCUGAAAAAGCAGAGAGAGAGAGAGAGAGAGCAAGGAAGAGAGAAGAAGACAGAGAAGUUCAGACAGAAUAAUAGUGGAUAGGGGAGAGACAGUGAAUACUAGAGAGGGAGAGAGAGUGAAGAGUGAAGAAGAAAAAAAUAAAGACAGCUGGUCAGAGAGAGAGAGAAAGCGUGGAGGUGGAGAGAGAGAGAGAGUGCGUGAGUGAGGCAGAGGCAGAGGGGGUAAGCAUCCACAUCACUGAAGGAAACUCAUAAUUACAGUUGGACCAGCAGAGCCACAGAGCCACUGAGGAACCACAGACCAAAGAACCAAGAACAGUUCCUGUGAGCUUGGCAAGCUGGUUCCUCUCUCAUGCCCAACAAUUCGGUCACCACCUACGCUGUCCCGUCCGACCACCAGCUCGGACACGGAGGCUCUGCAUCGGCCGAAGCGGCUAAAGUCAAGCGGGUCCAGCAGCAGGUUCAGAUGCGUCUCGCGGAGCGGUCGAGCGGGUCGCUGCCCCGGACAAACACCGCACAGUACUCCGCUUCAGAGUUGAACGGCUCCUCCAGUCUGAGAUACCACACCUAUAACCCCGGCUUCAGCUCCGUCUCCAUGGCUCACGCAACCACCCACACCAAGCCUGCUCCUCGGAUGUCUCAGUAUUCCGGAGGCUUCUCCUCUCGCUCGGCGGUCGAGGUGGGCAACCAUCGGCGGAUCAGCACCGGGGUUCCCUUAGUAGCCGCCACCCAGCGCCCCUACCAUUUCCACGAUGACACGCUAGUGGGCGGCUACCACGGUGCCCACACGCAGUCCCGCGCAGCCAGCCGUGCCGAGCAGGAGGUCGUGACCUUGGGCGUUCCGACCCUCCCGCGGCAGCCGUCGCCGGUCCCCAGCUGGGCGGCACGAGAGGGGCUCACCGCGGAGCACUAUGGCUACUACAGCAGCAGCAGUGCCGGAGGCGGAGGCGGCGGGGGUGGAGUGGGUGUGGGUACUCUGCCCAACCCCGCGCCCAUGCGGCGCACCCUUAGCGGAACCCUGGCGCGGGGGGGUGGAGUGGGCGGAUGGAGAGAGCCGGAGCUUAUUCACCAGUACUCCUACAAAGGCCCCGCCCAGCGAACCCUCAACCGCUUCAGUAACUACCGCCACCACCAUCAGCAGCAGCAGCAGCAGCAGCAGCAGCAGCAGCAGCAGUACCAGCAUCAGCAGAUGAACCGGGGCUCAAUGCAGUACCAGCAGGCGGCCACCGGGGGCAGCAGCGUGCACGGGCAUGGCACGGUGAAACGCGCCGGGUCGCUGCACAGUCUGCGGAGUGUCGGGAAAGGCGGAGACAUCACGGACGGAGAUGCCUGCGGAGGCAGCGAGACUCUCGGAGGGAUGCAGAACCUGGACAUGCCGACGGCUGUCAGUUACCUUAGCAACACGGACGUUGCCAUGCAGAUGCUGGGAGCUGCCUACAUUCAGCAUCAGUGUUACCAUAGUACCGACGCCAAGAGCCAGGUCCGGCAGUUGAAAGGCAUCCCUGCGCUGGUGCAGCUGUUCACCAGUGAGAGUCAGGAAGUGCAGCGCUACGCCACCGGAGCCACGCGCAACCUCAUCUACGAGAACAUGGACAACAAGGCUGCCCUCAUUCAGGCCGGGGGCAUCGGCAAACUCAUGGAGGCACUUAGAGAACCAGACGACGAGCUACGCAAGAACAUAACAGGGAUCCUGUGGAACCUGUCAUCCAAGGAUAACCUGAAGGAGAAGCUGGCCAAAGAGACGCUGGCUGAGCUCACAGAGAAGGUGCUGGUGCCGCUGUCAGGAGGGGGUGACGCAGGGGUCAUCCAGCAGACUCCCUCUGAGGCAGACAUCUUCUACAACACCACCGGAUGCCUGAGAAACCUAAGCUCAGUGAAUGGGAAGACUAGACAACAGAUGAGAGACACUCGUGGGCUGGUUGACGCUCUUGUCGCCUACGUGCAGAACUCCUUGGAGGAAGGCAAAGCUGAGGACAAGGGUGUGGAGAACUGUGUGUGUGUGCUGCGGAACCUGUCCUACCAGCUCUACAGCGAAAUGUCUCCCUCUGUGCUGCUGCGACUGGAAGGGCCCACUAGGGGGCAGGAUACCCAGGAGAGUACCGCCAUCGGCUGCUUUACACCACAGAGCAAGAAGGCCAAAGAGCAGAAGAACCAGGAGCUGUCCACUCUCUCAGAGGUGGCCAGGCAGCCCAAGGGGGCGGAGUGGUUGUGGCACCCCCUGGUGUUGGGGGUGUACAGCCGCGUGCUGCAGGCCUGUGAGAACAACGCAGCCACCCGGGAGGCGGCUGCCGGGGCACUGCAGAACAUCACCGCCGGGGACAGCCGGUGGGCAUCUGUGUUAAGUCGAGUGGCUCUGGAACAGCAGCGUUUGCUGCCAGUGGUUCUGGACCAGCUGCGGACCCAGAGUGACCUGGAGAUGCGCUCUCUCACAGGCCUGCUAAGGAACAUGUCCCGCCAUACCCGCAACAAGGACGACAUGGCCACUAAGGUGGUGAACAUCCUGGUGACUAAGUUGCCGAGCGACGGGCACCAGAAGGAGCCUUCCGGCGAGGUGAUAGUGAACAUCUGUGGCACACUCAACAACCUGGUGGCCGGGAGCUCGCUUGCCGCCAGAGACAUCACCUUCUUCGGAGGACUGCCCAAACUCGUGGCCAUCAAGACCUCCCACGACAACAGCCCUGGGAAGCUGAAAGCUGCGAAGGCCGCCUCUACUGUGCUGUCCAACAUGUUCCAGUACUCCAAACUGCACAAGGACUACAAACAGAAAGGAUUCACCAGACAAGACUUCAUGGACCCAACCCUCUGAGCAUGUUUGUGAGGGAGUGAACUCACUUUGUGAGGGAGUGAGUGUGUGAGUGAGUGAGUGAGUGAGUGAGUGAGUGAGUGAGUGAGUGAGGUGAGUGAGGUGAGUGAGUGAGUG